GCCAAUCAUCUGCAAAGAAGGAGGAGAUGAAAGUUAUGCAGCCCUUUCGAGGUAGAGCUCCUACCAGGACGGACUUCAGGGGAAGAAGACAAGAGACAGGCGGUAGAGUGAGCAGGAGAACGUUUAGACCCCGCUCUAGGAAGUGAAACACAAGUCCUCCAGACAGCAGUAGGAGCAAGGCUGUCAUACUUUUGGCAGGCCUGGAAAAAAAGGGGGGCGGACGCCUGGUCCCUCUCAGUCAUCAGGGAGGGUUACAAGAUCCCUUCUUGAAAAAGCCACCUUAUUUCGAGAACUUCAAGAGCCUUGGUGGCUCAAUACUCGAACGCUGUGAAACAAGAGGCGCUCCCAGAUCUAGUAGACCAGAUGCUGGAAAAGGGAGCCAUAGAACCUGCACUGGAACUAGAGUCUCCAGGGUUCUACAAUCGACUGUUUCUAGUACCCAAGACCUCGGGUGGAUGGAGACCCGUUGUAGAUGUCAGCGCACUGAACGUCUUUGUAGAGAAGACCAAGUUUACUAUGGAGACGACUCGGUCGGUACUGGCAGCAGUCCGUCCAGGGGACUGGAUGGUGUCUCUGGACUUACAAGACUCCUACUUUCAUAUCCCCAUCCACCCGACUUCAAGGAAAUUCCUAAGGUUCGUAGUUCAGAACAGGUGCUUCCAGUUCAGAGCCCUUUGUUUCGGCCUCAGCACGGCUCCUCAAGUCUUCACCAGAGUAAUGUCAAACGUGGCUGGAUGGCUUCAUCAAGAAAGGAUAAGAGUAUCCCUAUACCUGGACGACUGGUUGAUAAGGUCGCAAUCGAAGAGCAAGUGUCUGGAGGACUUUUGCAAGACGUUUCUGAUGACCCAGGAGCUGGGUCUGAUCAUCAACAAGGAAAAGUCCCAGAUCGAGCCAAGUCAGACGAUUCUUUAUUUGGGGAUAGUUCUGGACUCGGUUCUUUUUCGGGCUUUUCCCUCCCAAGAGAGGCAAAACGAGUGCCUCGAGAAAGUGCAACUAUUCCUGGGGAGAGAGAAGUGCUUGGCAAGGGAUUGGAUGAGUUUGCUGGGCACCCUCUCCUCGCUCGAGCAGUUUGUCUCCCUCGGAAGGUUGCAUCUCAGACCUUUGCAGCACUUCCUUUCAAGAGUCUGGGACAGGAAGAAUCAGGAGGACUCCUUUUCCUUUCCCAUUCCAGCAGACAUCAAAGAACAUCUGAGUUGGUGGCUGGAUCCUGCGAAGUUGGGGGAAGGAAUCUCCCUGUACAAGAAGAACCCAGACCUAGUGUUGUUCUCAGACGCUUCGGAGUCAGGUUGGGGAGCAACACUGGGGAGCAGGGAGGUCUCGGGCUCUUGGAAAGCUCAGCAGAAAGAAUGGCACAUCAAUAGGAAAGAGUUGAUGGCCGUUCUAUUAGGGUUGAAAGCCUUCAGAGAUGCUGUCUUGGGGAGAGUAGUGGAGGUCAACUCGGACAACACCACGGCCCUGGCUUACAUAAAAAAGCAAGGAGGAACUCAUUCUCUGUCCCUGUACGAGGCAGCAAGAGAACUCCUUCUAUGGGCAAAGGAGAAUGGAGUAAAUCUUUUAACAAGAUAUGUGCAGGGACAGAAGAAUGUAAGAGCAGACAUGCUCAGCAGGAAAGGGCAAGUUCUUCCCACAGAAUGGACCCUCAAUCUUCAAGUUUGCCAGGAGCUGAGGAAAUUAUGGGGGAUGCCUUCGAUAGAUCUCUUCGCCUCCAACCUGAACAAGAGAAUCCCCAACUACUGCUCCCUGGUCCCGGACAGGGAAGCAAUAGCAGUACACGCCUUCUUGAUGGACUGGACGGGGAUGGACACUUAUGCGUUUCCUCCGUUCAAGAUCAUCAACCUUGUCAUCAAGAAGUUCGCUCUUCUCGAGACAGGGAGAAUGACCCUGAUAGCUCCAUUCUGGCCAGCAAGAGAGUGGUUCACAGAGGUAGUGGAGAUGCUAGUGGACUUUCCAAGAAGCCUUCCUCCAAGUCCAAAGCUUCUCAAACAGCCCCACUUCGAGGAAGCUUGUCAGAGUGAGAGGCUUUUCAGCGCAAGCUUGGGAGGUCUUUAGAUCUUGGUGUAAACGACACAAAGUGUCCUCAACCACUCUACCUCUGUGAGUCAGAUUGCUGAUUUUCUCCUGUUCCUCAGGCAGGAAUCUAAGCUGGCCGUGUCCACCAUAAAAGGAUACAGGAGCAUGCUUUCGGCCGUUUUUAGGCAUAGAGGCAUGGAUUUAUCUCAAGAUGCAGACUUGAAGGAUCUCUUGAAGUCGUUUGAAACGACUAAGCACACAGUAAGACCUCCGGCUUGGAAUUUGGAUGUGGUUUUGAAGUUCUUAUGCGGCAGGAAGUUCGAACCCAUCUCACAAGCGACCCUUAGAGAUUUGACGAAGAAAACUUUAUUCCUGAUGACUCUAGCCACAGCAAAAAGGGUAAGUGAGAUUCAGGCGAUGGAGAAGCAGGUAGGCUUCAAUCAAGAUGGUGCAGUAUGUUCUUUAAGGCUCGACUUCCUUGCUAAGAAUGAGAACCCAGCCAAACCCUGGCCGAGGACUUUUGAGGUUCCUAACCUCACAAGUUUAGUGGGUCUGCAAUGGGAAAAAUAUUACUUUAAUUAUUAGUGAUUUAUUUAGGAAUUGAUUCAUCAUCCUCCUCUAAUAUCUUUACACUACUGUUUUAAGAGUGAUUUGAACUAUAAAAUAUUUUCAUUUUUGUUGUGAACACGAGUGCGUGGCAGUGUAGCCAGUCCCUUGUUUUGUUUUUCUCUCACUCUGAGUAUGGGAGCGCUGCCCUGAAUCUUUCGUCUGCUUUUUGGUAACACUAACAACACAUGUAAGAAUCACGAAUGCUUUCAUGUGAGAAUGACGUCAGCUGGUCCAUUCGUCAUUUUGGCUAUUUUACCAAAUUAAUAAUGCAAAUUAUUAUCUAUCCCUUGCAAGGGAUCUAGUCCAGGGGAUCUAGUCCAGAGAUCUAGUCCAGGAGUUCUGAAGACUAGGUAAAUUAAUCAAGUCCAGGAGACUAGGCCUGGGAGAAGUUUGGCAUGAUGUAAUGAGUAAUAAAGAAACAAGCUGAAUACCAGGAAUUUUCUUCAAUACCCCUAAAAUGGGAAUCAGCACUUCAACUGCCUCCCAGUGGGAAGACAUCACCUGGCCUCAGUAGUAAGA